CUUGUCAAUCCUCUGACUAUUGAUCAAGCAAAAUGGGCGCGGCCAUUCAUCACUCACAACGGCGUGUCUCCUGCGAGGCUUGCCGGAAUGCCAAAGCGAAAUGCCAACGAAUCCGACCAACUGACUCUCAGUGCGCGCGAUGCUUUCUCCUGAAGAUUGAAUGCAUUGUUGGAAAACAGAGAAAGGUUGGCAGACCACGACUACCGACUUCUGGUCGACCUACGCAUUGCGAACAGCACAACAAUUUCGCAAACGAGGUGGUGCUAUGGACAAGAGAAACUGGCGUUGUCGAAAAUUCCAAACAUUCAUCGGUUACACUUACGCCAUCAUAUUAUAACGAUCAGGCCAGCUUGUUGAGUCCUGAAUCCUCAUUUGCCGACUCUCUUAGCGUUUUCGGCUCGGAAACAAGCAGCUCAGAAGCAAGCAGCUGGCAAGAAACCAUUCCUGACGAGGGUGCUUCAUCGACGUGGGAUACAUCGUGGGAGCUAGACCUGGCUUCGCUCACUUCCGGUGGCAACGCCAGUUCUCACAGGCACAGGUUUCUCUCUCAUCCUCCUUCAGUGGUGAAUUUAUCACUUUGGAGUCGUGAGGUAGCUUCACCGAGAUACCCAAACAUACAGCACCCGAGUUACACAGACAGCCUUUCCCAGUUGCAACGCAUCAGUCUUGAUCUUCACCUCUCUGCACGAGUUAACCGUUUGGAUGUUCUGCCGAUCGAACCUAUCCCUAGUUCUGCCUUUGAAGGGUCAAUGAUGGUACACCCCUGCAAACAAGGCUUGCUCUUUACCCGUAUGGCUGUGCCUCUAUUAGAAAGAAUGGAAAGUGUAUUGGGAACUGCAGGAGGCCCUGAGAAUGGUGAGGGUUUAUUGUCUCCACGACAAUUGGACGUUCUGUGGAUUGAGCUAGGCGGAGUGAAUGGCGAAACUGACGUCGUUGAUGCCCUCAUCAUCGGCGCAGGUCCUGCCGGCCUGUCUGCAGCUCUUGCCCUUGCCCGCCAGCUGCACACAGCCGUCGUCUUCAACAGCUCGCUCUUCCGCAACGCGCGUUCGGAGCAUAUGCAUACCAUACCCACAUGGGAUCACAAAGACCCCGCUGCCUUUAGGGGCGCGACACGUAAGGAGAUCUUGGAGCGGUAUAACACAAUCUCGUUUAAGGAUUGCGAAGUUGCCAAGGUCGAGAAGACGAGUGCGGGUGACUUUGCGGCCACAGCUGUGGAUGGGACAACAUUCACUGGCAGGAGAGUCUUGCUUGCCAGUGGUGUCACUGACUUGCCGCUUGAUAUCCAGGGAUAUGAUCAGUGCUGGGGCCGAUCCAUCUACCACUGCCUCUUCUGCCACGGUUAUGAAGAUGUUGGAAAGCCCUCCGCUGGAAUCCUUGCCCUCGGCGAGAUCUCCUCUCCCGCAGCAGCCACAGCCCUCGCGCGCAGUGCCAAGCAAAUAACCUCGAAAGUUGUGAUCUACACCUCGAACAACCCUGGCGUGCAAACCGCAAUCGCAGCCCUCCUCGGCCAAAACAAUACCGCCAUCACAACAAACGACCGUGAGAUCGCUUCUCUCGCUCUUGGUUCUGAAGGUAGCGGAAUCAUUAUUACCUUUGCAGAUGGAAGCUCGGUUGAGGAGGCGUUCCUUGCGCACAAGCCGCCUACGAAACUUAACGGCCCGUUUGCAGAGCAGUUAGGUGUGGAGUUGACGCCCGGUGGAGAUAUUCAAGUAACACCACCAUUUGGAGCCACCAGUGUCAAGGGGGUUUAUGCGGCAGGAGAUUGCGCGGCCAAGAUGAAGAAUGUCAUGCAGGCAAUGCAUAUGGGGGCGUUCGCGGGGGUAGGGAUGGCGCAUGACUUGCAGGCUGAGGGGCCCAGAAUUUAG